GGGGCCAAAUCUAAAUCCUAUUGCAUUUGGAAGAGGCCAUGACGAUAAAAAUUAUUCCCCGUCUGCAAACUGGACUGACUGUUGUCUCAACACCUGUGCAUUCCUUCCCCACUGAUUUAAAGUACCACGUGCUUCAUGGGGCAUCUGGGUGGGCAUUCUUACACCAAACAAACCAGUGUGCUGCAUCAAAAAUUGAUAAAAAUGUAACAGAAGAAACAGUAAAGAUGCUGUUCUCAAACAUUGAAGAUAUCCUUGCUGUACAUAAGGAAUUUUUAAAAGUCGUGGAAGACUGCCUGCAUCCAGAACCUAACGCUCAACAAGAAGUGGGAACCUGCUUUCUUCACUUUAAAGACAAGUUUUGUAUCUAUGAUGAAUAUUGUAGUAACCAUGAGAAGGCACAGAAAUUGCUUCUCGAACUUAACAAAAUAAGAACAAUCCGCACAUUUCUUUUGAACUGCAUGCUACUUGGAGGACGGAAGAAUACAGAUGUUCCCAUGGAAGGAUAUUUAGUAACACCAAUACAAAGAAUUUGCAAAUACCCUCUCCUUUUGAAGGAGUUGCUGAAGCAGACUCCAAGGAAACACAGUGACUACGCAGCAGUAAUGGAAGCCCUCAAAGCCAUGAAAGCUGUAUUCCAACAUAAAGGAGGCCAAGAGCAGAUGGAGAAGUUAGAAGUUUUAGAGGAAUGGCAGUUUCACACUGAAGGCUGAGAGGUACAUUCACUCUACUCAACAAUGGAGCUUAAAAUAGUUUUGUUAUGUCUUAUGCUGCAUGUAGAAUUGUUGACAUUGGAUGGAGCCAUAAAUGGUCAUUUUACCAGAUAAUUCCAGAGGGCUAUAACCAUUUCUGCAAAGUGUUGUCAUUAUUAUUUUUAAAUAUCUUUAGAGUGGCAAGUUAAUUGACUUAACGUCAACCUGAAAGCUUUGUCAUAGAGCCUUCUGAUAUUGUGUGGGUUAUGAGCUUUGGUAUUUCAGUAUUUGUGCAUCUUGAUUAUCCUUUUCCCUGCCUUCCUUUGGUCAAUAAGUACAUAGCCUGAAACCUGGAGAGAGUAAGGAAGGGGAGUAAUGCCCCGUAUGUGUUCUAUGAUACUGUUAUUUUCAGAUUCUCAAUUAGGUGUUUGAUGAUGAAUUUCAUUUUAAGGUCACUUAAUCUCUUAAAUUGCAUUUCAUUGCAAUUAUUUCAUCAUUUCUAAAUCAAGAA